UCUCAAUUGAUUUCCAGUUAAGCGCGCACGUGCCCUUCAUAAAGUGCGUCUAUAUCAAGUGGCAGAUAUUUCUUCUUCUUUUUGUUCGUCUAAAUAUGAAAGAUAUCAAAGUUGGGCAAAUUGACCCCAAAAAGACUUCAACAGAACCCAAAGCAAAAGCUAACAUUCAACUUCGACCUUACUAUGCACCCACAGACAAGAAAUUCGUUCAAUACCUCUUUUACUCGACUUAUUUUAACUUGGUGCCUCGUGCCGUUCGUCUUCGACUGAAGUCACCUCUUUUGCUCGCUGUUUGGAUUGGUAUCUAUGCUUCACUUCUGACUACUGUUCCUUCGUAUGCAAGUAAGCUCGGUUGGUCAUCUCAUCUGGAGUUGGGUGUGCAGAUCGUGAUCACGAUCGUUGUGUUGGGCGGUGGUAUUAUUGCUCUCUUAUGGUAUACAGACAAGUUUGAUAUUACAGAACGCGUAUUACAGGGUAUUGAAAAUGAUCUAAAGGAGCCUGAUGUCUAUUAUCGUGGCACACCUCAAGACCCUCGCAACGGUAAUUUCUGGGUUAUGACAUUGAACGAUGAUAUUGUGGGUUGCAUUGGUAUUGAUCAUACACCUGUUACUGUGAUGGACAAGUCAGCAUCAGCUAAGCCUUAUGUGCGCGCCUCUGAACGUCCUCGGGCUAUAGACGCACCUGAAAUUCACCAAGCCAAAUGGAAAAAAACAGCAUUGAUCUUGGCCAAGAUAGAUGACUUUGUGCGAUUGACCUUAGUAGGUGUUUUAGAUGUGGCAAGAGAUGUUUAUUUCAAGUUGACGGGUGCACCUGUCGUUAAAGAGAAAGUGUUGUUUGAGGCUCAUAAGCCUAAUGAGGCAAGCAUUCGUCGUCUGGCCGUCAAAUUAGAAUGUCAGAAUCAUGGCUUGUCUACAGUGCUUUUAAAGAGAGCUGCUUUCUGGGCUCAUGCUCACCAAGUGGAGUAUCUUUAUGCUGAUGUGGAUGAACUUCAAGAGAAAAAGUUUGUGGAUAUCUUGACUAAGAAACAUGGCUAUGUAUUUGUCUCUAAAAAGAAGCUUGGGUAUUACAAGACAAAAUCUACCUAUCGAUUGGAUGUCAAGUUAUGGAUGAGCCAAGAACUGGAAAGACGCAAACAGGAACAUAUACUUGAAGAACAAGCCAAAGAAGAUGAAGAACUCAAGCAAUACGAAUAACUUUCCUCUUAUUUCUUCUUGUGCAUUGUACAAAAAAAAAAAAAACUAUAGAAAACAUUGUAUUAUUACCUAUAUUAUUAUUUCAUUGUCAAUAAACUAUUAAAAACGU